GCCGCGCUGCCUAGAUUGAGGGUUCCACGGUGGCGCGGUGGCUCUCCGGGCCCCGCCCCGCCCCGCCCCCCGGGGUCCAGGCCGCGUUCCCCUCGGAGGCUACGGCAGCGCCUGCGCAUUGCGGUUCCAGAGUCACCAGUGGGUCCCAUCUCGCCUCCGAAGAUGGCGGACCACACUGUCGCCGGCCCCAGCGGCAGCACAUCCUUGCGGGGACUUCGAGAACGUAUGGUUGCUGCCGCUCAAGCAGUUGCAAAAGAAAGGCGAGAUCAAAGUGGAGUUAGCUCUUUUUCAAGUCAGUCUCCAACUGUAAGAUCAGCAUUUAAGCCAGUAAUAGAUGGGUCUGUUCUAAAAAAUGACUUAAAACAAAAAUUAGCAAAGGAGCGCAGAGAAGAAAGAAAAAGACAACAAGAAGCCAGUAAAGAAAUACAACUACUUGAAAAAGAAAGAAAGGCCAAGCUCCAGUAUGAAAAACAUCUGGAAGAAAAGCAACGAAAACUAAGAGAACAAAAAGAAAAAGAUGAGCGGCGAAGAAUAUCUGCAGAAGAAAAAAGAAAACAAAAAUUCGAGGAAGAAAGGGAAAAAUACAGAGCUGUUCUUUCUCGAACUUUGGAACGGACUAACCGUGUUGAUCAACGGCAAAAGAGAUGGUCGUGGGAAGGCUCCGCCAUGGCAAAUUCUGAAAACAAACCUGGAAAAACAGAAAAUAAGAGAAGCUCAUCUUUGAAUAGAAGAGAAAACAAAGUACAUUCAUCUACUGACAUAGAACACAUGGAGGACAAGCCAGCUCGUCGAUUUUAUAGCAAUCCCUCAGAGAAUAAUUUAAUCAGUCGCCUGCUUAUCCCAACAAGAGCAUCAGUAGCCAGAAGCAAGACUGCUGCUUCAUUAUCCAUCCCAGGAAAAGAUACUCCAGUUAUAGGUGUCACCAAUCACUUCCUCCAGUAUGUACAUAUGCCCUUGCGUAGCCACAGUAGUGACGAAUUGAAGAGUUCCAUCAUGUUCAGUAAGCCAAUAGUGAAGACGCCUCUUCAGACAAAAUUAGAAAUGGCUCCCCUGGAGAAAGUAGUAACACCCUUCAAGGUAAAUGUGGAAGCUACUCCCAAGGCGAAAAUGGAAGUGCCCUCUGAGGUGAGAAUGGAUGCCUUGUUGAACAUGGAAGCCUCCCCCAUGGAGAACAUGGAAUUGUCCCCUGUGGCGAGCACAGAAACAUCCCCCUUGGUUAGUGUGGAAGUGUCCCCUGUGGUGAGCAUGGAUGCCUCCUCUGAGGUGAGCCUAGAUACAUCCCCUGAGGGGAGCAUGGACUCAUCCCCUAAGGUGAACAUGAAAGCUCCCUGUAAGGCAAACAUGGAAGUAUCCCAGAGUGUGGAAACACUUCCUGAGGCAAAUGUGGAGGUGCCUCUUGAAGGGGAAGUGGAAGCAUCACCCAAGGAGAGCUUGGAAUCAUCCCCUAAGAUGGUGGCAGAAGUGUCCUACAAGGCAUCCCCCAAGCCUGUUCAGAAACCAGAAAUGGACAGACAGACCUCCAACCCUGUUAUCAAGAAGCAUCCAUCCUCAAACAUACUAUCUAAUAUGCAGUCACCAUCUCCUGCCAGCGGGUGUCAUCCACCCUCUCCCGUAAAUACUAUCAGGCACAUUCAAAAGAACCGCCCACCAUCACCUUCACCAGUCUUGUCAAAACAAUCAGUACAUGCUCCUCUGCCCUGUAAAAUCAUACCUGUUCAACGUACCCUAUUUGUGCCAGAUGGUAUUGUCAAAAAGAAAAGAGAAACGGUUUCUAAAUCCCCAAACAAAUGUGAGCCUGUGAGCCAAAAACAGAUGAUCUCUGAGGAGUCUGGUAAUAAAAUUGCACCAGGAACCAUGAGUGCUGAGGAAGCCACGAAAAUUUUGGCAGAGAAACGCCGUCUUGCUCGUGAACAAAAAGACAAAAAAGAAGAAGAGAGACUCCAGAAAGAAAUGGAACCAAGGAAAGUGGCAGAUGUGAUAGAGAAGGUGGACAAAGGCCAAGCAGAAGAGCUCUCAAAAUGUGAAGAUGGGCAAGAACAAGAAAACGAGAUUAAAAAGAACAAAGGAUGUCAGCAUCAAGACCAGGAAGUACUACUACAGAAAGGGGAUGCCAAAAUAAAAGCUCAGGAAGAAGCUGAUAAACGCAAGAAGGAGCAGGAGAGAAUUAUGUUACAAAAUUUACAAGAAAGAUUAGAGAGAAAAAAGAGAAUUGAGGAAAUAAUGAAGCGGACAAGAAAGACAGAUGUGAACAUCACAAAGGCCUCAGAAAUAUCUGGCAGUAAUACAUCUGAAGAGGAUGAAGCUGAUGAUGAGGAUGAGACAGAAAGUGAUGAGGACUCCCUUGAUACAAUGUUCUCAUCAGCCAAUGGAAAUGGCAGAGAGUCACCUAACAAGCCCAAAAUGCCUUAUAAAAAUGCCAAGAAAAUGUCUCAGAAACUGAUGUUUUUACAAGCCACAACUGGUGAGACCAAUAAAGAAAAGAAAUCAUAUUUUAAUGGUGAUCUGAAACCUUUCAGGCAAAAUACCCUGAAAGAGUCUUUGACUCAAGCAAAAGGCUUAAAGUCAUCUACCAAAAGAUCAUCUACACGCACAGCAAAAACUGGAAAAGCAAAGGAACUCAGCACCACCACCCAAUCCAUCCCGAAUGUCAGCACACCUCAGGAGCAGACUUACGGCAAAAUUGACAGUAGUAGUCACAACACUGAAUCACCAGACACAAACGUCACCCCUGAUAGCCACAAACAAAAUUUGAAGGAUUCUGUGACAUCCCACCCAAAUCCUCAGAUGCCUACAGACCAUAAGAAAAAAAGCCAAUCUGUGCCUACUAUUUCCAGUAAGGCCUCAUCCCAUCUCUGCUUUGCUCCAAAGGAAGUUGACCUUGAACCCUCUCCUACUUCUAGCAGUAGGGCAUUCUUUGGAGGAGAGGAAGAAGAUGGUGUUGAGUCUGCAGGAAUACUUUAGAAGUCUUCUAUUAAGUUAGUUUUGAGAGAGUAGAUGGCUUGCUUCUAAUUUUUAUGUCCUGCAUUUCCUGUCAGAUACAAAAAACUAAGUUCUUUUCAAGAUCCAGAUUCCUCAGAGCUCUUGAUCCACCAGCAACUUGACAAGAACAUAAUUUUCCUUUAGGUCAGAGGUCCAGGAAGGUCUUUGGAAUUAGUCCCUCAUCCUCUGUUUCCAAAACCAAGAGACCCCAAAAGACCAUUGUUUCUCUUGAGAAGCUCUAAAUCAAGUGAGGCAGUGUGGGCUCCUUUGGGGAUCUAGGAAGAGGGGAACAUUUUAAGGGCCCCAGUGUGUCAGUCUAUGGGGUCCUAGGCCCACCCCAAAAGGAGGCCAGGGACAAAUUGCCAUGAGACCACCAGCAUCUUCUCUACUGGUCUUUCUUUCCUUUUCCCUCUGCUUAGAUACAUAAACCUCGUACAGCCUAGAAGAUUGAUCUGUCCUCCACUCUGGAUAACUCCCAGGCCUAUGCCUCAGAAUUCACCUGCUUCAUACUUGAACCUGGCAAAGGAAAUGACCAUUAAAACAAAAAAGAAAGGAUACAUCCGAAGGUCACCCUGACAUCUGUCUUGGAAGGUGUUCAUAUCAUUUUUUUCUCUUGUGAGAGUUCUGAGUUAAAAAGAAAUGCUUUGGUUUCCCUUAAAAAAAUCAUAAUUGUCUUUUGUGUGUAUCUCCAUGUGUGUUGGAGUGUGUAUAUCCAGGGUGCUUUCAUUAGGUGAUAACUAUUGAGUUUCUAAAAGAACUCUAUUAAAGGAACGAUGUUCUUUCAGCAUGUAUUAGAAGUCUUAAUGAUUCUUGUUUGACAAUGACAUCAAUUUAACUACUAGAAAAUUUGAUUUUGUGUAGAACUUGAUAGAAGAUGUGAGGCACUCAGGAUUGCUGGCAAAAGCUAUCAGAUUGUCUCUAAUAUACAAGUGCCAAAGGCUGCAUGAUAUAGUAAAAUUUGAGCAUAAUAUAUGCAUAUUUCAGUUCUUCUAUUGUCAGUGCCCGGCAUUGAUACCCACAAAUGCUAGCAGUCUUGGAAAGCAUAAACUUGGAGCAUUCAGCAUCUCUCACACUCCUGUCAGUGUUUCCUUUGAAGUACGUAUUGGGGCUUAUCUACCAAAAGAUGGGUUAUAUUUGUUGUGUCCAUAAAGCAGUACUUGGCCAUUGUCUCGGGGUAUGUUUAAUUCCUCUAAAUGUUGAAUAUUUAUCAUCUUUUUCUGUUUGUAUUCCCUAGUUCUGUCCAUCAGUAUAGGCUUGGGAUAUGUAACCAAAAUAUACUUGCCUUUCUCUAGGCACUGGCUGCAGGUGAGGACAGCAGCAGUGUUAUUCUUCAGUUCUCGUGAUAGGCACACAGAUGUACGUACACAUACAGGCUAUAUGAUUCCAUAAAACUUGAAUGCAGAUUCCUUGUCCUCAUGGUAAUGAGCUUUUAGUGUUGAAUCACAAAUAGUUUGAAGCAGGCCUGUGUUCCUUUUGGCCACCGGUCUUGAAUUAGUCAAUGAAGGUAAUGAUUCUUUCUGAUUGCCUGGUUCAUUGCUACACAGAGUACUGUACCUUUGUUAUAGAUUAGGCAGGAUGCCUUAGGUUUAAAACUAUUUUUAUACACUAGCUUUUUUUGUAUAAAAGGCAGAGACAAUCAUCUUAAAAUAUGAAAUGCUAUUUUUCUGCACAAAUGUCACACGCUGAAACAUUGUUACCGUUCCCUGUAACUCUGAUCUGUAUGAAAUAAACUUCACAGAUAAAGCAA